AUAAAAUGGGUUUGCUGGAACUGCAACAAAACCUGGUUGGACACAAAGGGAGAGUUUGGAAUGUUUGUUGGCAUCCUUCGGGUGAAUCGAUAGCAUCGUGCGGCGAAGAUAAAACUAUUAGAAUCUGGACGCACGACAAAUCUAAAUGGGUUAUUAAGACCAUAUUAACCGAGGCGCAUACAAGAACUAUUAGGGAGGUCUCUUGGUCCCCUUGUGGCAAUUACAUUGCAUCGGCAAGUUUUGAUGCCACUGUAGCGAUCUGGGAUCAAAAAUCAGGACAAUUUGAGUGUAAUACCACAUUGGAGGGUCACGAGAAUGAAGUAAAGAGUGUUAGUUGGUCUGUUUGUGGUAAUUAUUUAGCGACCUGUAGUCGUGAUAAAUCUGUGUGGGUUUGGGGUAUGGGCGUUGAUGAAUACGAGUGCGAAGAUGUUAUAAAUGCGCAUACCCAAGAUGUAAAAAAGGUAAAGUGGCAUCCGGACAAGUUGAUUCUUGCAUCUGCAAGCUAUGACGAUACCGUCAAGAUUUUUGACAUGGAACAACACACCAAUCACUGGAUUUGUGCGUCGAGUCUCGUAUCUCACACGUCGACUGUUUGGAGUUUGUCUUUCGAUAGAACGGGUGAUAGAUUGGUGACUUGUAGCGAUGAUAAAACUUUAAAAAUAUGGCAGGAGUACAAACCUGGUAACGAAGUGGGCAUACCUACACCCGACAACGAGCCAAUUUGGAAGUGCGUUUGUACCUUGUCUGGCUAUCAUUCCAGAACUAUCUAUGACGUAGAUUGGUGUAAAAAAACUGGUUUAAUCGUAACCGCAUGCGGAGACGAUAUAAUAAGGGUAUUUCGCGAAGAAGGUGAUUCUGAUAUACAUCAGCCAACAUUUAGCCUAGUUUGUAGUAUGGACAAUGCCCACACUCAAGAUGUCAACUGCUCGCAAUGGAAUCCAUGUAUACCAGGCUUAAUAGUUUCAGCAAGUGACGAUGGGACUGUAAAAGUUUGGACUUACAGUGAUUAAAUUGUGUAAAAAUUCUAUAUAUU